AUGAUCACGAAUUUCUUCAAGCCUCAAGCUCCUUCAAAUACUACUCCUAGCUCUCCUUUGCCAAGUUCUUCGUCGCCUGUCAAUCUUUUCAAUGCAUCGGAUAAUGACAAAGUGUUGGCCGAUUUGGAUCUUAAAUCAGAUCCUACUGAAAGAAAACAAAUGUCGAAAUUUUCUCCUAAUAUACGUGACCGAGUGAGGAGAUAUUACAUACUAAAGAAACCUUGCCAACCUGAAGAAUUUGAAUUUCCAAGUAGAGAUAUUGGAGGAGAAUUGCGUCGUUUUAAUCCCGAUUGGUUUGACGAUCCAUAUUCUCAAUGGUUAGAAUAUAGUGUUAAAAAAGAUGCAGCAUUUUGCUUAUGUUGUUACUUGUUUAAAAAUGAGCUUGGAGGAUAUGGAAAAAAAGUAAGUGAUGCUUUCACAACGAAAGGUUUUCGAAGUUGGAAUAAAGGUAUAGAAAGGCUUAAAAAGCAUGUGGGUGAAGUGAAUAGUGUUCAUACUCGAUGUUUCAUGAUGAUGCUAGAUUUAAUGAAUCAAGAACAAUCUAUUCUAACUUCAUUUGACAAGCCUUUCGAGAAAUUUAAAGGUGAUUAUCGGGUUCGCUUGAAUGCUUCGGUUGAUGUGAUAAGGUAUUUUUUGAAAGAAGAAAUGCCUUUUCAGGGUCACAAUGAGUAUGUAACUUCUACUAAAAUAGGCCAUUUUCUAGAUCUCUUAAAGUGGUAUGCGGAUAAGAUGGAAGAUGUGAAAAAUGUGGUACUAGAAAAAGCUCCAAAAAAUAACACCACGACUUCUCCCGAUAUCCAAAAAGACAUUGUGAAUUCUUGUGCAAAAGAAACAGUGAAUGCAAUUAUUGAAGACUUGAACGGAGAUUACUUUGGGAUAUUGGUUGAUGAGUCUAAGGAUGUUUCUCAUAAGGAACAAAUGGCUCUUGUCUUGAGAUAUGUAAACAAGGAGGGUAAAGUUAUUGAGCGAUUUCUUGGUCUUGUUCAUGUGAAAGAUACAUCUGCAAAGUCAUUGAAAGAAGCGAUCUAUUCUUUGCUUUUAGACCAUUCUUUGAGUCGAUCUCAAAUACGGGGACAAGGUUAUGAUGGAGCUAGUAACAUGCAAGGAGAAAUUAAUGGUCUUAAAACUCUGAUUCUGAAAGAUAAUUCUUCGGCAUAUUGCGUACAUUGCUUUGCUCAUCAAUUGCAAUUGACUCUUGUAGCCGUUGCAAAAAAACAUCAUGAUGUGAAUAAUUUUUUUGACAUUCUUGCCAAUGUUUUAAAUAUCGUUGGAGGUUCUUUUAAGCGUAGGGAGAUGCUUCGAGAUGAUCAAGCUGAAAAAUUAGAGGAAUUACUAGUGCUCGGUGAAGUUCAUACGGGAAGUGGAUUAAAUCAAGAACUUGGACUUCAAAGGCCUGGUGAUACCCGUUGGGGAUCUCAUUUUAAGAUGGUACGUAACUUCAUUUCCUUAUUCUCAUCAAUUGUGCAUGUACUUGGAGUUCCUGCAAAUGAGGGUGCAAAUUAUCAUGAGAAAGCAAUGGCAAAAAGUCUAGUGGAAGACAUUAGAUCUUAUGAGUUUAUCUACAUGUUGCAUUUGAUGUUGAAAAUUUUGGCGAUUACAUAUGAUUUGAAUAUGUCUUUGCAACGAAAAGAUCAAGAUAUUGUUAGUGCUAUGAAGCUUGUUGAUUUCACAAAAAGAAAAUUGCAAUCGAUGAGGGAAUCUGAAUGGAAUUCUUUGGUAGAAGACGUCUCCUUAUUUUGUGAAAAGAAUGGUAUUAUGAUCCCUGAAAUGGAUGAGAAGUAUGGUCUUGGAAAGUCGAAGCGUAAAAGCUCAAGUGUUAUCUAUUCUUAUCAUUUGCGUGUGGAAGUUUUUUAUGCUGUUAUUGAUUUGCAACUUUCAGAGCUUAACAAUCGUUUUAGUGAAGUGAAUACUGAUCUACUUCUUGGCAUGGCUAGUUUGAGUCCCGAGAAUUCUUUUGCAAAUUAUGAUAAAAAAAAAAAAGAAUCAUGA